CGAAGUUUGUUUAGGAUUCUAUCCAAGGACAGCGAAGGUAAACUAACUUGUCCAUAUUGUGUCUCUGUUCGUUGAACAGAACUAACUGUAAUUUGCUGUAUCGGAUGGUCUAAUAAAUAGUAUCGGAACUAAAAUCGAGCUCACUCUGUGCCAUGCUAAUCGUUUGAUCGGGUAAACUCUUGAAAUCAUCGGCGCAGAUAUUCGUCGAAUUGGAAAUCUCAUAUCUGCUCAAACGUUCAUUGGAUGUGAGAACAUAGGGUGAGGGCGCAAGGAUACCGAAACUAACAAGGGGAGAAACAUUGUUAGUGAAUAUUGGAUCGUUGAGUACCGAUGGCAGAGAGCUGCCUACUCGCGCUGACUUGGCGAAGAUCAGAUCAGAUCACGAAUGGAUUUUCUUGGAAGAAGGUGCUAAUAUAUCUGGACAAUGCUUUUCAAAAUGGAGAGUUCGAAAAUGUUAUGUGCAAAUUUACGAGACAUUCCGACUUGUAUCCCGACUGUAACGACAAUAGAGCGGCGGAUUGGAUUUUCGUCUUGCACACCUUGAAUUUUUCACUUUGGUCACCGAAAGGUACCGAUCCAUGGACUGUUAACGGAUAUACUGGAUUCUUGGCACUCUGCGCUGCAAUGAAAAGAGCCAUUAUGAAAGGAAAGCCUAUAUGGAACCCUAACUAUUACAAGGAACUUUUUCAAAAACCAGAAGAUGUCGAAAUUAUUUUCCAAAGUGAUAACGGGACUUGUAUUCCGAUGUUAAAAGAAAGGGUUGAUCUUUUGCAUGAGAUUGGAAAGAUUUUAACUGAAUAUUAUAAAGGCACAUUUGUAACAUGUCUCAAAUUGCACAAAAACGGGAUUGAUUUACUGAUAUUGGUUGCCAGGAACUUUCCGUCAUAUCAAGAAAAGAUGGUGCAAUACGAGGGAGAGACAGUUUCUUUCUGUCUGAAGGCUUUCUUACUGAUUGGUGACAUGGUGUGUUUCUUUCACGAACAUAAAGAAAUCAAUAUUGAAACAAUUUUCCCUACCACGAUAUUUGUUGAUUUUCGAAUUAUUCAACUUUUUCUUAAAUACAAAGCUCUUCAGUAUACCGAUAGGCUCAAGAAAAAAAUCGAAGAAAAUGGUGGUAAUAUAUUUGGAUGAAGCUAUACAAAAUGGAGGUAUUGGAAGAGUCACGAGCAAGUUCUCGAGAUAUUACACUGGUUUGCAUCCCGACUUUAACGACGAUAGAGCGGCGAAUUGGAUCUUCGUCUUGCACACAUUGAACUUUUCACUCUGGUCGCCAAAAGAUACCGAUCCAUGGAUUGUUAACGGAUUUACUGGAUUCUUGGCACUCUGCGCUGCAAUGAAAAGAGUCGUCAACGAUAUGCAAACGCAAAGAUCUAUGAGUGCAACAACGUAAAAUGUCCUCGGCCAGGACGCUACAUAUCCGGCGGUUUCAGUAAAGAAGACUCAUUCUCUUGUUUGUAUCCGGUUUGUCAAGGAAGAUUCGAAUUGGUUCGCCAUGUCUCCUUCAUCGAUUGUCUUGGACAUGACAUUCUUAUGGCUACUAUGCUUAACAACGCGGCAUUUAUGGACGCCGCUUUGCUUUUAAUCGCUGGCAACCAGUUGCCCGCGGCUUCAAACAUCAAAGCACUUGGCAAUACGUUUCUUCAAAACGUAUUUCAUGAUCGCUUACGAUUGUCGGUAAUAGGCUGUAUGGAAGUCGAAGUUCGUCCAGGAUUGGAUUUUUGGAUCGAAGUUUGUCCAGGAUUUUAUCCAAGGACAGCGAAAGUAAACUAACUGGUCCGUAUUGUGUCUCUGUUCGUUGAACAAAACUAACUGUAAUUUGCUGUAUCGGAUGGUCUAAUAAAUAGUAUCGGAACUAAAAUCGAGCUCACUCUGUGCCAUGCUAAUCGUUUGAUCGGGUAAACUCUUGAAACCAUCGGCGCAGAUAUUCGUCGAGUUGAAAAUCUCAUAUUAUCUGCUCAAACGUUCAUUGGAUUUGAGAACAUAGGGUGAGGACGCAAGGGUAGGUCCUUUGCACAAUGUUGAUUUCGCAACGAUACUCAAUUUACUUUGCUUGCACUUUUUUUUCUGCGUCUAAAUUACUGAAAAAAAGUUAAUCAGAUAAGCAGUUUAAUUCAUGAAAAAUUGUUUCAUAGUUUAUAAAUAUAUAUAGACCAAAAUGCUUGUAUAUAUGUGAAGUAAACAUCAAUAAAUUAAUUAAAAGUUUAAAUGUACCGAAACUAACAAGGGGAGAAACAUUGUUAGUGAAUAUUGGAUCGUUGAGUACCGAUGGCAGAGAGCUGGCUACUCGCGCUGACUUGACGAAGAUCAGCUUAACGAAUGAAUUUCCUUGGAAGAAGGUGAUCGCGACCGAGAUGUUCGUAGUCAACAAUUUGAAACAAUCGACGAAACAUCGUCAUGUCUUCUACCGUGCCGUCCGAGAUGUGCGAAGCACAGCAGUCCGUGUUUCGAAUCGCGGGAAAAGCAUCAGAUGUGUCCAUCAAUCAGCAAGGCAUAAUUCAAAUGGCCUGGGAUGUGCUAACAUAUCUGGAGAAUGCUUAUCAAAAUGAAGAGUUCGAAGAUGUUAUGUCCAAAUUUACGAGACAUUCCGACAUGUAUCCCGACUGUAACGACAAUAGAGCGGCGGAUUGGAUCUUCGUCUUGCACACCUUGAAUUUUUCGCUCUGGUCACCGAAAGGUACCGAUCCAUGGACUGUUAACGGAUAUACUGGAUUCUUGGCACUCUGCGCUGUAAUGAAAAGAGCCAUUAUGAGCCUGGAGACGAAGGUUUACACGAGGCGAUGGCUGAUCUUAGUCAUCUUCGUGCUGUACAGCGCGAGCAACGCCAUGCAAUGGAUUCAAUACAGUAUUAUAGCGAAUAUUGUAACGCGGUAUUAUCGUGUUACAAGUUUCCUAGUGGACAUGACAAGCAUGAUAUAUAUGAUAACGUAUAUACCAUUAAUAUUUCCGGCUAGUUAUCUGCUCGAUAAGUUUGGUCUCAGGUACGCCGCGCUUUUCGGAGCGUUAGGAACUGUCCUCGGUUCCUGGGUAAAGGUAUUCAGCGUGAGCACUGAUCGCUUCUGGAUUACAUUCAUCGGCCAAAGUUUGGUGGCAAUCAGCCAGACCUUCAUUCUAUCCGUUCCAGCCCGGCUAGCUGCGGUGUGGUUCGGACCUGAUCAAGUUAGCAGCGCCUGCAGCAUCGGUGUCUUCGGCAAUCAGCUCGGUAUAGCUAUCGGUUUCCUAUUUCCGCCGAUGUUAGUGCCCAGCUACGAUGAGAACGUAUGCGACGACAACUGCGUCGGAGAUGGGUUGCGAUUAAUGUUUUACAUCGUCGCAGCUUUCACCACGCUCGUGUUAAUCCUCAUAUUUCUCUUUUUCAAAUCGGCACCACCUUUACCACCUAGCCCCGCUCAAGCGGUGCAAAGGGAGAACACUGAGAACAACGAAAACUUCUUUCAGUCUAUCAAGAGGCUAUUCACCAAUAUCGGCUACCUGUUGCUUUUACUUAGUUACGGUAUCAAUGUUGGCAUUUUUUACGCCAUAAGUACCCUCUUGAAUCAAAUUGUUCUCGAGCAUUUUCCGAAACACGAAAAGGAUGCCGGUCGGAUUGGCUUAGCGAUUGUUUGCGCCGGGAUGCUGGGCUCGGUUGUAUGCGGCAUUGUGUUGGACAAAACACACAAAUUCAAAGAAACGACGUUGGGAGUCUACCUAUGUUCUUUCGUGGGAAUGAUCAUCUUCACUUUUACACUGGCCAGCGGCAAAAUAUACGUCAUCUAUAUGACAGCUGGUCUCUUGGGCUUCUUUAUGACUGGUUAUUUGCCGGUCGGCUUUGAGUUCGCUGCAGAGCUCACGUACCCGGAGCCAGAAGGAACGGCGGCGGGUCUGCUGAACGCAGUAGUUCAGAUCUUCGGCAUCGCCUUCACGACGCUCUACGGUUACCUGUUCGGCGUGUGGGGUGAUUUUUGGGCGAACAUUGCGCUGUGCAUCACCCUCGCGCUCGGCGCCUUCAUCACGAUUAUUAUACCCAACGACCUAAGGCGCCAGAACGCCAAGGCUUGACAAUCUGGACGUUGAUUAGCGUAACGAGCAUCGAUAAGUGGAUCAUACUGAGCUUUUACAGGUAUAUGAGUUUCUACAGGUAUGAACGAUUUCCACUAUUAUCCAUUCCCGCCUAGAGUCUGAUUGAGACUUGAUAUAUUCCGAGCGUGCACGCACCAUGCGUGUCAAAAAUAGAGCGUGAUAUAUAUACUAUAUAUUUCUGAAUGUUUUUCUGUAACAAAGUUCAGUGGUGUUCAAAUAAGGGCCCUAAAUAAUAGCUGAAUAUUAUAAUACAAAAAGGUUGCUUCUAGAAUUUGAGAUUUUGUCUUUGACGGAAAAUUAAAUUAAGACUUGAAAUUAUUAAAAUUGAGAUCAAAUUAAGAUUUGAUCUAAGAUGUUUAAGAUGUUGAAAAAACUAGAAAGCUGUGUCAAAUAAUGACCUAAUUUUUAUGAAAAUGUUGACGACUGAUCUUCUAUGGAAAGAUUGAUGGCCAAAUUAAAGAAUCUAUAGUAGAAAAUGAAGGGUACUAAAUCUUCUAAAAGAAUUGCCGAUAUAUGGCGAGGGAGAAAACGAUAUAUGUAUAUCUAAUAUUUAUUUAUGUUCUUCGUUGUUUAAAUAUAAUGAAAACAAAAUGUUCUAUUUUAGACCAGUACAAAUGAGAAAGAGGGAAAGAGAGAUUGCUGAUAAAUUUUUGUCUUCGAUCCUGUUAUUGUUAGUUGGUCUUCUCAUUUUAGGCUAGUGAUAAAACGGUGUUUGCAGCAAUUUAGACAGUGUUUAGACAACGAUAGGAUAGUGUUAUGCAGUAAUUAAUUAACUCUGCGAAAGAAAAGAUAAAUGAUGAAUAAAUUGUCACAGAAUAAUAUUCUUGAAAAAUAUAUAAAAAUUAAUUUUGUAAAGCAACAAAAUCUCUGUGAUAGCAAACUAACUUUUUUUGUUGGUUUUUCAAUUUUUAUUCUUUUCUAUUUCCAUAUCUUUCUAUUGAUUUAUUUUAAUUUUGAUAAAUAGUAAUUGUGACAAGUAUUUUUGAUAACAUGUCAGAGAAAAGCGAAUUUAUUGCAAAAUAAAAUAUGUUAAAAUGAAUUUCUUGCUGCAUAAUAUCUAUUUACAAUACGUAAAUGACGAGCUUGUGUGUUGUACAAACUUAUUAGUAAAAAAAUUAUAUUUCCGCGCAGAUAUAACGACAGAACGUAAAUAAUCGUUAAAAAUGAUAAACGUAAUGACAGUGGCAGUUCUAUUAACUUUAUUGCGAUAAUAAAUGUUACAUUAAUAUGUAAUAAAUAGAAAUGAGUAUAAUAAAGAUAAAUACGAAUUUCAUCUUGAAUGUUGCGACAUUAAUUAUUAUUGAUUGUUGGUUGUUUUAGUAAUUGUUACAUUAAAAUGAUAGUUAUAAAUAACAAAUGUAAUAUUGCAAUUGACAUGAUAUGUAAUUUUAUUGUCGCAAAUUUAGAAUUUUGGUGUUCGUCGUACAAUCCGACAGCAAUACACAAUGUAAACUCCAUUUUUAAUUCCACGAUUAUUCAUCUUGUGAUAAAGAAUCAAUUACACACAGAAAAAUAUCAUUCUAUUGCUAAAAAAAGUAAUUACUCGGCUUACUUUUCUUUUUUUAAGUAACAAU